AUUAACAAGACAAUAACGGUCAAAAUCAACGGCUCUGACCACCACCUUAUCUCGUACUUCACGCAGGACGACGUGCGCUCUGGGCGGUUGCACAGACCGACGAGUCGCCCCGAUCUCAUGGCGCUUAAGAUACCGAUGGAGCUUUUACAGUCCGCCAACUUCAGGUACCCAUUGAAGCUGGAGACGCAAUACACUACAGUCCCUUCGUAUCUGUAAGUGGUUUGGUCUGGUUGUGCGGCCAAUCUUAUGCUGACGUCUUCGGGCACUGUGGUCAGGGAUGAUGCGGACAGCAUUGAUUAUCAACGUAGGAACGCGCUGGGCCUGUCUUCUCUUCCGUCCAGAACGAUGGCUCGGACGCCGCACCUAGGGGCGGGUCCCUCACCGCUGGAGAUUUCGACUUUCUCACGCUCUCCAGUUGGUUCACCUACAAGCCCAUAUCUGGCACAGAGUAGACCAUCGCCAUUCGACGCAGUCUAUCCCCGGCUUCACACCGACAUUAGCCAUCCCAUAUCGCCAUCGGAUUCCGCGCACACCGCCCAUUCACCCUACAGCCCCGUCGACUCUCCCGUCAUGGACGACCUGGCACCUCAGUCCUGGUCCCCUUCCUACUCUUGCGCGCCCGAAACGUACUCCAUGUCAGGCGGGGCACCCGCGAUGUACCAGGGACAGCUGCCGGUCGGCCACUUCGAUUCGGCCCACCUGCCGAGGGACGAAACGUGGACACAGCACGCCCACAGCAGUAUGCGUAUGGAGCGCGGAUACGAACACGACAUUCACCGGCUCGACAUCGCGGAACACCCAGAGUCGGCAGCUUGGUCUGCGGCUGCGAUGUCGGGUUCCCAUUACGCAUCGGCCCCGCCGACCAGUGUGUCGAUCAGUGCCCAUUAUCCUGCUGUACGUGGCCGAGACCAUGUCCGCACCCGAUCGGUCCCCCCCGUAUGGUCAUGGGGGCAAGACUCGGCUCAUUCGCUCUACCAGCUCCCUCCAGUCUCUCACCCCAUAUACGCUUCGCAUGGUGCGCGCCACUCGCCGAGUUGAGUUGGCCGCCAUAGACCGUUUGUCUCUGCUACUUUCCACCGUUUAUUUGCUGCACAUGUAUACCGUGACCUGAGUGUUUUUAUUUUGAUGAGCAUCACGCACGAUCCUACCAAUGCUGAUUCGG